AUGGCGAUGGCAGACGGCCCAGCGCUAAACGCCCAAAUUGUUCGUGGACUUAAUGAACGAGUAUAUGAUAAGCGUAAAGCCGCUGCAUUAGAAGUUGAAAAGCUUAUUCGUGAAUACGCUGGAGAACCUGAAAGUGUGAAUAAAGUUCAAAGAAUUCGAGGAGUUCUCGAUCAACUUAUUCAAGAUUUCGCGUAUUCGGUAAAUCCUAAUGCACGGAAUGGAGGAUUAAUUGCCUUGGCAGCCGCGUCUAUAGCUUUAGGCCCUGAUGUAGCAGCAUAUCUGGAUGAUAUUGUUCCUCCAGUUCUUGCUUGUUUCGCAGAUCAAGAUUCUCGUGUUAGAUAUUAUGCUUGCGAAAGUAUGUAUAAUAUUGCGAAGGUAUCAAAAGGUGAAAUAUUGCGAUAUUUCAAUGAAGUUUUUGAUGCAAUGAGUAAGUUGGCUGCAGAUUCCGAACUUUCCGUUAAAAAUGGUGCCGAGCUUUUGGAUAGAUUAAUUAAAGAUAUUGUAGCAGAACAGUCUACUACAUACGUUUCAGUCUUAGUUCAUCCUAUUUCACAUGACGAUCUGAUGGAAACAGUUUCAAUGCCACGUACAACUGCAUUCUCAUUACCUAGAUUUAUUCCUUUAUUAUCCGAACGUAUUCGAGCAAAAAAUCCAUUUACACGCAAUUUUCUGGUAUCAUGGAUUACAGUAUUGGAUUCAAUACCAGAUCUCGAGCUCGUGUCGUUUUUACCGGCUUUCUUGGAUGGUCUUUUGCAAUUUUUAAGUGAUCCACAUGAUGUUCGAUAUGCAACCUCUAACGUUCUCGCGAAUUUCUUGGCUGAAAUACGUGAGGCAGUUGAGGUUAAGGAACAACAAAAGCAACAAGCUAUGAAAAAUUAUUUCGUUGAACAACAACGAAAGCUGGCCGAAACCACUAUUGAUGCAGGGGAAAGUAUAAAGGAUAGUGACGGUGAUGUUGAUGAUGUUACACUGGUAAAAUCAUCUAUUAAUUCGGUUGAUGGAGAUAUCAAUUGGGAUGCAGUUUCGAUAAGCGAAACUGAGGGAAGAGGAAAAGGUUCUUGGGUUCCAGGCCAAGGUGUUAUCAUUAAUUACACUCGAAUUGUUGAAAUCUUAAUGCCUCAUUUAUCUUCGCCUGAGGAAGAAAUCCAGACAACGGCAUUAAAAUGGAUAAACGAAUUUAUAACGCUCGCUAAAGAUGUCAUAAUUUCAUUUACACCUCAAUUAAUAAGCGCCGUUUUGCCUUCGUUGGCUCAUACUUUAAUUAUUGAAACUCCAACUAAUCCUGCCCCACCGCCCUCAUAUUCUGUUGCGACUAGAGAUUCUUCUACACAUUCAUCAUCUAAUUCAUCCACGGAUUUUUUAAUGAAUAUGGGAAGCACCAAAGAACCCAAUUAUAAUAAUACACUACAUUCAAUUUAUGAACAAGCCGAUCCAUUUGAUUACCAGAAAACUGUUGAUGCUUUGAUGCAUCAAGUUAAAAAUGAACAAGACGAAACCAGAGUUGCAAGCUUGGAUUGGCUUUUAAUGUUGCAUAAGAAAGCAUCCAAAAAGAUUCUUGCAAUUGAUGAUGGUACUUUUCCAGUAUUGUUAAAGACUCUUUCAGAUCCAUCAGAUGAUGUCGUAAAACGUGAUCUUCAGCUUCUUGCUCAAUUGUCUUAUAAUUCGGAAGAAUAUUUUACACGUUUUAUGGUUGAUUUGUUAAAAUUAUUUAGAACUGAUCGACGUUUAUUAGAAUCAAGAGGUAGUUUGAUUAUUCGGCACUUAUGUAUGAGUCUGAAUUCGGAAAGAAUUUACCGUAGCUUUGCAGAAAUAUUGGAAAAGGAAGAGGAGAUAGAAUUUGCUUCCAGCAUGGUGCAAAACCUUAAUAGCAUUCUCAUCACUUCCCCUGAUCUUUCGGAUCUGCGAAAGAGACUCAAAAGCCUUGAAACGAAAGACGGGCAAAUGUUGUUCACUGCUUUGUACAAAUCUUGGUGCCAUAAUCCUGUUGCGACAUUUUCAUUAUGUUUAUUGGCGCAAGCAUAUGAACAUGCGGCAAAUUUGUUACAAAGCUUUGCUGAUUUGGAAAUAAAUGUAAAUCUUCUUAUUCAGAUCGAUAAACUUGUCCAACUAUUAGAAUCACCAGUAUUUACAUAUCUCCGUUUACAACUUCUCGAACCAGACAAAUAUCCUUACCUUUUUAAAUGUCUAUAUGGUUUGUUAAUGCUCUUACCACAGAGUAGUGCGUUCGCCAGUUUAAAAAACCGGCUGACCAGUGUUUCAUCAAUGGGAUUCUUACAUUUGAUACCCAAAAGUACGCCCACAGCGGAUACCAAACGUUCAACAACUAAGCCUACAAAAGAUGAUGGUAUAAAAUUCCAAGACCUUUUAACUCAUUUUAGAGCUAACGUUGAUACUAAUUCUAAUUAUCUAUUAGCUCCCCAUUCUCUUGGACGUUCAAGCAGCCAGACAGCACAAAAUCGACGCGGUCGUGAUCAUCGCGAUAAAUCGACUCUACAUUCAACAACAACAAACAAACAUGUUGGAAAUAGUUCACAUUCUCAUAACAAUGACCAUAAAGGAGUAUCUGGCACCACCAGUGGAAGUAAUUUUAACAUUGGUAGUCCUGGAACAAUAUCGACGAGUCAAACUAAAAGACGGCCGAGCGCUGCAAGCAAUACUAGCGCCAACAGUGAUCACGGAGGAAGUUCUGGUUCUCGGGCCACAAAGUCCUCCCGUUAA